AUGCGUCUGCUGUUGGCUUCUCUAGCCCUAGUGGGCUGCACCUUGGCAGGUGUGCACCAAGUUCGUCUCGUCAAGAUCGAACCAAGAAGGGCGAAAAUGAUCCGCGAAGGAACCUGGGCUGAACAUGUCAAAAUGAAGAAUGCUGCUCGCUCUGUGAUACAAAUGUCGGCCGCAAAAUCAAAAAGCAUAUACCAUCAGAGGGUUAGCGACUUCGAUGACCAGGAAUACCUCGGAAAUAUCACCAUCGGAACACCUGAACAAGAAUUCAGGGUGGUACUCGACACGGGAUCAUCCAACCUAUGGAUUCCCGACGUGACAUGCGGAAAACGU